ACCUCUCUCACUUCCCAUCCCUUUCGAGAUAUGUGCAAUUCCUCGGCUUGAAAAGCUUCUUGCAAUCAUGGCCUCUAGUCUCAUAGGCAUUUCCGUCAUCCUCGCUCUCAGGAACCCGCCAAACACCGUCGUUCAAGGUCGUGUGGCUCAUGUCAAUCCAGAGACGGCGACGCUGACAUUGCAAAAUGUUCUGUUUCCUGCGACCGGCCACCGCCUAGACAAUUAUACCGUUGAGGGCGCAUCUAUCGCUGACAUCAAGAUCCAAGAACUUCCGCCAUCCCAGCAACAUAUCCCACCUCCUCAGCAAGUGCUACGCCAGACUGUCCCUCCUCCCCAAAAUACUGCCAGCUUCCCUCAGUACCAGCAAUACAAUGCGCAGCCAAUACCUACUCCGCUGGUCCAACAAAAGCAAAACUUUGUGGACCCAGCAAUUCUUAGCGUUGGUAGAAGACCCUCGAAUCCACCACCUCCUAGCCAGCCCAUGUCCUCUAUUCCCCAGGAAGCGCCUGCUACGCCUAUCAAGCCAAUUAACACUGCGACAGCAGCUCAGAUACCCUCAAACACUUCUCCUUUCAUCGGCAACGCCAAAGAACGCAACCCGAGAAAGCCAAGCGCGGCCACGCUGAAUGCGCCAUUCUCUACAAUAGAUAUUGCUGAAGCUGGCGAACCGGACUCAGACGAGCCUACAAUUAAGGAUGCAUCAGUACGGAGGGCUAGCAUAACGAAGACGAGGAACGGGAGGCCAAUGGAGGACCCUGUCUCAGCCCAGAAGCAGUCCGAGGCCGCCGCAAAGCAGGAGGAGACCUGGAAGCGUACUAGACGAGGUGGAAAGGCGCGGAGGAAGGAGCUUGCUGCUCAGGAGAGGCGCAAUGGGGCUGACGUUUCUUCUCCAGAAGCCGUCCGCAAAGAACGAGGAACUGGCUGGCGACAGACACCACUCUUGCAAGCUCCGAAUCAAGAGAAUGAUCCUACUCGAGGUGGACAACAACAGCGAACACCUGGUGUCAUCGAUGGCAGAGUCGGACAAGAAGCAGCAAACGCUUCGAAUCGGAAGAACAGACGCCAAAAGGCUCUCGAGGCUACAAACGGAUGGGCUACGGAGGAUGCCACAGAUAUUCAAGAGCUUCCGGAGUUUGACUUCGCGGAGAAUCUGUCCAAGUUCGACAAGCGCUCCGUCUUCAACCAAAUACGCAAUGAAGACACGACGGCUGACGAAGAUAGGCUUGUCAGCCAUAAUCGUUUGCCUGCUAGGCCAGGAACACAUGGUGGCAAGAACCUUCACCCCACAGAGAACGUCCUCGACAAUAGGCGAGCUAAGACUGCUUCAGAAUCUGACACUGAGGAUCUAUCCGAUUUCGGCAGCGGACGAAACUCACGACGAGCUAUGUCCCGAGCAUCCGCCAAGCGCCUGCCUACCCGUCAAGGAAGCGGUGUCCAGCCAGACAUCGACAAUCUCAGUCACUCAGGCGCACCACCGAGUCUCCUCUCUCGUGGUACCCGCACCUUGAUCUCCCGCCCCUAUGCCACUUCUUCCCACGCCACCGGCAGCCCAAAACCUGCCCGUGGCUCUAGUCCCCAAGGCUCACCUUUCCCAGAUACCGGCUCCACCCGCUCGUCCUGUCUCCGCAUCGUCUCCAGCAACCGCAAAUGCAACACUAUCACCCCCGGCGGCAUGCUCGCCGUCGAAGAGAGUGCUGAAAUUGACUUCGGUCUGACCGAAGACAUCAUGGCCGAGAACGCUGGCCGCGGCAUCGCCGAAGUCGCCCUCUCCGCCAUCAACCCCGGCGGCCGACGCCUCGCACGAGAGAACCCCAACGCCCGCCCCGUCGUCGUCGUCCUAGCUGGGAAUCACCGCGGCGGUGCUCGUGCUGUAGCAGCGGCCCGCCACCUCUACGAACGCGGAAUUCGUGUCAUGGUUGCUCUCCUCGGUGCAGAUCGCCCCGCGGACUGGGACAAGGAUGUCCGGCGGCAAGUCGACCUCUUUCGCAAACUCGGCGGCUGGGUCCGCACGUGGGGCGAGGUUGAGACUGCGCUGAAGAAGCUAGAAGCACCGCCUGAACUUAUCGUUGAUGCGCUCCUAGGUCGGCAUCGCGAAUUUGACGCCCUUGGCGACGCGGAUCGCGGUACCGUUCUCUCCAUCGUAGGCUGGGCCAACAAAUCCCGCGCCGCGGUGCUCGCAGUCGAAACACCCUCCGGUGUCGCAGGUAGCACGGGUGAAGUCGCGAUACUAGAGGGCGAGCCGCUGGAGGUCAGGGCGAAGUACAUCGUCUGCCUGGGCGCGCCACGCACUGGAUUGCUGCGCGCUUUGCAGAAUGGCGCAGGGCGGGAGCCAGAGUGGCUGAUUUGGAUUGUGGAUAUUGGCGUCAACAAACCCUGGCGAGCAGCUGGGGGCAAGGGGGCCAAGGGGGUACAGUUUGGCGGCGAGUGGGUUGUGCAGGUCGCGUUUGUGGAGGGGGAGGAGGUGGGGGUGUGAUGCUUGAACUGCCUUCUCCUUUCUCUUUCUCCUUGCUGACUUGAGAGCAGGGGGCUAGGA